AUGGCAUCAAAGCAAAUAGCAACUCAUCUAGAAGGGGCUGAGAUCUACCAUGGGGCGGCUCUUAGCAAGCAAAAAACGCAGGAGCUCCUCGACGAGUUCGGCCUGCCCAAAGGGCUGACGCCUUUGAACAACCUCAUCGAGUGCAAGGCCCUUGGCGCCGCCUCGUAUGGACCACCCGAGAUGACGAGGUUCCUUGAGGAUUGUUGGAUGCGGAAGUUGACAGGUGUCAAAAGCAAGGAGAUGAUGAUCUGGAUUACUCUUUCUGAUAUUUCUGUGGAUGAUGCUGAUCCUAGCAAAAUCACUUUUGCUAUUCCCAUGGGACUGUCAAAGAGUUUUCCGGUGACAGCGUUUGAAGAUGAGGCAGAAGAGAUGAAAUGA